AUGGCUUCAACCACAAAGUACGUCCCAGCGCCGACUCAGGACCCUGACGAAGCUUCGCGCUACACGCAGGCACCCCCCGCCUACCAAGCCGAAGCCAGCGCCGCCUCCGACACGGAUCGUCUCUUUGGCGGCGGUUCCCCUCGCCGCAGCGAGGACGACAUCCCGGAUGACUUCAAGUACGGCGGCUCAGUAGCAGAGGCCACGAUCGACAUCCGCAACCAGUUCAUCCGCAAGGUCUACGCGAUCCUUACCGUCCAGUUACUUGUCACCGGCGGCGUCUCCACCAUCAGCUUCCUCAACGAUGGCUACAAGGCCUGGAUCCAGGCCCACCCGGGCUUGGUCUUCGGCUCCCUUCUCGGUGCCAUGGUCAUGAUGCUCCUCACCUUCUGGAAGCGCAAGUCGUACCCGACUAACCUCCUUUUCCUUUCGGCCUUCACACUCAUGGAGGCCUACUCCAUCUCCGUCAUCGUCUCCUUCUACAAAGUCGGCCUCGUCCUCAAUGCCCUCUUCCUCACUGCGGGCAUCUUUAUCUUCCUUACCGCUUUCGCCUGCCAGACCAAGUAUGACUUCACCUCCUGGGUCCCUUACCUCGGCGGCGCCCUCUGGGCUCUUGUUAUCUUCAGUUUCAUGUACAUGUUCUUCCCUAGCAGCUCCACCGGCGAGCUCGUCUACGGUGGCAUCGCCGCACUCAUCUUCAGCGCCUACAUUCUUGUCGACACCCAGCUCAUCAUGCGCCACCACCAUGUCGAGGAGGAGAUUGCGGCCUCCAUCAGUCUGUACCUUGACAUCAUCAACCUGUUCUUGGCCAUUCUGCGCAUCCUGAACAGCCAAGAGAGCAACUAA